UGCACGACUUGACUGCUCUCUACUCUUCGAACUCUCUUCCCUCGUUCAGUACUCCCUUUCUACAGACCCUCUCGGAGCCCCGGGCGAUAGGGUGUCCUCCUUGCGCUCUGCGUCGCCCUUUCUCAACCGCACUCCAUGGCGUUCUCCGACCUUGUGCAAAGUAUAUCAUCCAAAGUGCUUCCUGAAAAGCGUGGCACGCUACCAUUACAACCUUCAACGACCGGGGCGGGAAUUGCGAGCGGCGGCCAUGCACCAUUCGAAGAUGAUAUGAUCGUCUCAAAGCCGGCAAUCAUAUUCUUCACGUUGCAGAUAUUCUUCAACUUCAUUGCGAUGUGUUGUUUCGCUAGUGUAGCGUCAUUCCAGGCUCAGCACCAUGUCGGCCCUUCGGGCCUGAGUGGAUUCGCGCUCUUCAUCUCGAUCUCUGGCAUGUUCUACUCGCUGUUUUUGCUUAUGGUCCCUGUCAUCUACGAAAAAUAUGACAAAGGUGCAAGACUGGCCCGCGCGUUGAACGAGAUCCGCGUCGGGUUCAUCCUCACUGCUACCGGAGUUGUAGCUAGCUUGUUGAUCGCCUUCAUCACAACGAUCUCCGCGUGGACUGAGCCAGGCUGCAAGGAUGCAUCGAAAGACCCCAACGCAAAGGCAGGGGGUGAUAGCUUCGUAAAGGGUCUCCCUGGCUGGUGUUCCACGAAAAAAGCUGGCUGCGUCUUUUUCUGGUUUGCGUUCGGAGCCUGGCUCGGCACUCUUACCCUGACUCUCCUGGAUUGGCGCAACGGCAAGAACAGCCGCGCGCGCGACCCUCCCUUCGUCCCACCCGCAGAAGACGCUGCCGAACGCGAUGAAGAAGAAGCGGACUCAAUUUACGAUCAACCGUACGGAAAGUCUAUCGACGAGCAUUCAGACUCCAGUCAAGGACCGUUUUCCGACAACAACCGCUACUCCGGCGUCCCUACUGUCGCGGCCUCCACUAACCCGUAUUCUGGAGCCCCUCAGCUCCCUAGACAAAGCUUCGAUAACUACGGCGCUUUCCAAGAUCCUGCUCCGAGUGGUUUCGCUGCUACAACCAACUCACCUCCGACCUUCGCGCCACCGCUGAGCCCUCCUCCCGAGAACACGCGUAUCAGCCGCACGAUGCAAUACGCGGACCCUUAUUCAAGGGUGCGCGACGCAGUAACGCACAGUGCGGCGGCUCCGUCUCCCCCAACUUAUUCUACAUAUAACCCCUACCCGUGAUGACGAGACAACUUGAAUCUCACAGAUGUAUUGCGAUGAUUACUUACGGUUACCCAUUUCUACGGUCUGGCUCAAGCUCGCAUGGACUCUAUCUAUUCGUUAAAUGUCUGUUAUAUACGCGAUGUCAUACCGAUUACGAGCUCUAUCAAGUCAUGCAUAUGUAGCUUUGCGCGUUCGCGCAGAGCAGAAGCAA